AUGGCACCCCGAAGGAAAACCACCCGAGGCUCACUGUCUCGUCAACCCACACCUCUCCAGUCUCACCAACCCAAUGUCUUGGUCGAAUCCCUGGCCAUAGACAACGAGGGGUCGACCCCCCGUAACGACGAACAUUCUGCUCCCCGAGAUGACCCAAUGCCAGUCACGAUGGUGGACAUUGAGCGGAUUGCCCGACAGCUGAACGAUAACAUGCAGAGGAGUUUGCGGGAGCUCAUAGCCGGGAUCCCCCAGCUCAAUCAAGGGGAGCCCCGAGAGAUGACCAGGGGAGAGCCUCGUGGCAGGGAUAAUCCUCAAACUCACGUUCCUAACCGGAGCGAGCAGCGAGUGGUAGGAGAGAGAUCCCGACAGGCUCCCUCUCAGAGGACACAGAACUCGGAUGCCAGGCGCAUCAUAGAAGAGAACCGGAGGCGCAGAGCGGAGCAGGACGCUCGCAACCUCUUAAAUAAGAAGAGAGAAGAAAGGGAAAGGACGCACCGAGAGGAGCAGGCUCACUCUCAGACCCCGAGGAGGGAACGGGAGAAGUCUCCUGUCGGGUCCAAGAGGACGAGACAGGAGGACGAAGCGGAUUCAGGGCCCCCUCGGAACAAGCCCAACACCUUCAUCAAUAGGGGAGUCCUCAACUUUAUGACCCCCUUCAGUCGGAAGAUCAUGGAGGUACCCAACCCGGGAAAGGUUAAGGUCCCCACCAUCGAGCAAUACUCGGGCAGUAGCGAUCCCGAGGAUCAUAUGGCAGCCUACAAGGCUCAGAUGAGUGUGCAGACGGGAUGUGAAGCUACUUGGUGCCGCUAUUUCCCGACGACCCUCAAAGGGUUGACACUCAGUUGGUUUUCGGGCUUGUCACCUGGUAUCAUAACUAACUUUUCGGUUCUGGAGGCAUUGUUUCACCAACACUUCAUUGCUGGACGUAGGCACAAGAAAACCAGCAUCCACUUAAUGUCCAUCAAGCAACAAGAACACGAGAGCCUUGCUGAUUAUAUUAGGCGAUUCAAUGAGGAGUCAUUGAAGAUUUCAGAUCUUCAGGACGGGGUUGCUUUCACCGCCCUAAUGUCGGGACUCUGGCCGGGAAAGUUCAGAUGGUCCCUUGCUGAAAACGAAGUUACCACUUUCACCGAGGCCAUGAGUCGAGCUCAGAAAUUCAUCCAAGCCUCAGACAUAUGUAAGCCUGUCGGAGAAAAGGCUAAGAAGAAGAAGGAAGAACUCCCUUACCGGGAACCAAACAAAAGCAUGAGGAAUCACCAACAGUUGCUCCCGAGAGCAGUAGAUAACGAGAAUGAUCCACGUUUCAACAGAAAUAGGCGGGAAAUCUAUUUGGAUCUCAAGCACAAAUCGGUAUUGCCCAUUCCCCCACCUAUCAGAACUUCCAAAGAUAGGCGGGAUCAGAGAUUAUGGUGUGAAUACCAUCGGGAGUGUGGUCACACCACGAAAGACUGUCGGGAGUUAAAGAAGGCCUUGGAUCACUUGGCUGAUCAAGGAAAGUUGAAUAGAUACAUCAAACAUCCCCGAGAGGAGAAAGGGAAGGAGAAAGAAGCGAGAAACGAUAGCGAUAACACCGACGGGUAUGUUGGUGUCAUAACGGGGGGCCAUGCCUCGGGAGGAUCAUCUGGCCGCGCUCGCAAGGCCCACCUUCAAGCAAUGACACAUCGGGUGUUGGAAGUAGAGCCCGUAAAGGCGGUCCCGGUAAUGACAUUCGGGGAGCCUGACCGGCACUUACACACCCCCACGAUGACCCAUGGUCAUUGA